GCGAUGCAGCAGAUCGCGAUCGAUCGUUUGGAGAGUGGUGACUUGAAGCGCCGUAUCAGAAAACUUUCGAAACUGGGCUAUCGGGUACUGCCAGCCGACGAGUAUAUUGAUAUAAUGUACUCGAUAGGCUCUAUGAGGAGUAGCUUUGCGGAUAUAAAGUUGUGUCAUUACGACAACCAAUCUAGGUGUGACAUUUCGCUCGAACCGGAGCUGACGGAAAUCUUCGCUAACAACCGGAACCAGGAGGAGCUGAAGUAUUACUGGGUGCAGUGGUACAACGAAGCAGGGACAACGGCACGCGCACCGUUCAUGAACUACGUCGAUUUGGUCAGAGAAGCUGCUCUGCUGAACAACUUUACCUCCGGUGCUGAAGUUUGGCUGAGUGAGUACGAGGAUAAUACUAUCGAGCAGCAGGUUGACGAAAUUAUGAAUCAAAUCAGACCACUCUAUGAGCAGCUACAUGCCUACGUUCGUUACAAGCUGGGACAAAUGUAUGGCGAUAAGGUGGUCUCCCCUACCGGUCCGAUUCCAAUGCAUUUGCUCGGUAAUCUGUGGGCAACCAAGUGGAACCAUAUUGCAGAUUUUACAACGCCAUUCCCACACAAACAACUUUUCGACGUUACCGACGAGAUGAUCCGCCAAGGGUACACUCCGCUGAAAAUGUUCCAGAUGGGAGAUGACUUUUUCGCUUCUCUGAACAUGACAAAGCUGCCACCAGUUUUUUGGGAGAAGAGCAUUCUGGAAAAGCCAACCGAUGGACGGGAUUUAGUUUGUCAAGCCAGUGCAUGGGAUUCCUACAAGAUCGACGACGUACGCAUUAAACAAUGCACACGUGUGACGAUGGAUCAGCUCUUUGACGCUCAUCACGAGCUUGGCCACACUCAAUAUUACCUACAGUACCAACAUCAGCCGGUCGAGUAUCGCCGUGGUGCAAACCCAGGAUUUCACGAGGCCGUCGGGGACGUUAUCGCCCUAUCGGUAUCUACACCGAAGCACAUGAAGAAAGUAGGCCUCCUGCAGGACUACGAUGACGACGAACAGGUCAAGAUUAACCAGUACUACCGCUCUGGCCUAACAAAGCUUGUCUUCAUACCGUUCGCCUACACGGUGGACAAAUAUCGUUGGGGUGUGUUCCGGGAUGAGAUAAAGCCGAAGGAGUACAACUGUAGAUUUUGGCAGCUGCGUUCGCAAUACUCCGGCAUUGAGCCACCGGUUGUGCGCACGGAAGAGGACUUCGAUCCUCCGGCCAAGUUUCACGUUUCGGCUGAUGUGGAAUAUCUUCGCUAUUUCGUGUCCUACAUCAUUCAGUUUCAGUUUCAUCGCGCCGCUUGUACGUUGGCGGGAGAGUACGUAAAGGGAGACCCGGAGAAGACCCUGAACAACUGCGACAUUUACCAAAGCACCGCUGCUGGAAACAAAUUAAAAGAAAUGCUUGCCCUUGGAUCGUCGAAACCGUGGCCAGACGCGAUGGAAAUCCUCACUGGUGAGCGGAAAAUGAGUGCGGACGCUCUGUUGGAAUAUUACGAUCCAUUGUAUAAAUGGUUGUUGGAGGAGAAUAAACGUUUGGGAGUUCACGUUGGCUGGACCGAUUCCGAGAAGUGUGUUGCUAAUACUGCAGAAGGAUGAUCGAACUCAGGAGAUUCUUGGGAUGACAUUUAAACAUUCUGGAUUGAAAUCCUACGCAAAUAAAUCGAUCGUAAAUUUGAACAUGGUA